ACAUGUCAGGCGAUGACGCGGGAAAGCAUUGAAUAGUGUAAAAGUGGAACGUGAAGACGACGGCCAUCUCUCUACAUCUCUAGAAGCAUAUGCGUGUAUUUAAGGUGGCAGGCGGAAAGCCAGAAAUAGAGUGUCAAUCGCAGUGUCACCGCUGACUAUCUAGACAGAGAGAGAGGGAGAGAGAGAGAGAGAAAUGGAGAGUUUUCUGAAGGAGAAGAGAGGGGGAGAAACGGUGCUUCAAAUGUCGCCGCGAGCGACGCCGGGAGGCGGUGUAGAGGAUGUGUACGGCGAGGAUUGCGCCACCGAAGAUCAGCUCGUCACUCCCUGGACUACCUCUGUUGCUAGUGGCUACAAUUUGUUAAGAGACCCUCGUUACAACAAAGGGCUUGCAUUCAAGGAGAAUGAAAGAGAUUCUCAUUACCUCCGAGGUCUUCUUCCUCCUGUAAUUGUUUCCCAGGAGCUUCAGGAGAAGAAACUAAUGCACAGUAUCCGUCAAUAUGAUCAGCCAAUACACAAGUAUCAGGCCCUGAUGGAACUUGAGGAGAGGAAUGAAAGGCUGUUCUACAAGCUUCUUAUUGAUAAUGUGGAUGAACUACUACCUAUUGUAUACACUCCAACUGUUGGUGAGGCUUGCCAAAAAUAUGGAAGCAUAUUCAAGCGCCCUCAGGGUCUAUACAUCAGUUUGAAGGAAAAGGGGAAGAUUCUUGAGGUAUUGAAGAAUUGGCCUGAGAGGUCAAUCCAGGUCAUUGUUGUGACAGAUGGUGAGCGAAUUUUGGGACUUGGAGACCUUGGCUGCCAGGGGAUGGGAAUUCCUGUGGGGAAGUUGGCUCUUUAUACAGCACUUGGUGGUGUCAGACCCUCAGCGUGUUUGCCUAUAACAAUUGAUGUUGGGACAAACAAUGAGAAGUUACUGAAGGAUGACUACUAUAUUGGGCUUAGACAAAAGAGAACAACUGGACAGGAAUAUUACGACUUCCUGGAUGAGUUCAUGACUGCUGUAAAGCAAAACUAUGGUGAAAAAGUUCUUGUCCAGUUUGAAGAUUUUGCAAACCACAAUGCAUUUGAGCUGCUGGCCAAAUAUGGAACCACUCACUUGGUCUUCAAUGAUGAUAUACAGGGGACAGCUUCAGUGGUGCUUGCAGGGCUUGUUGCCUCACUUAAGCUACUUGGGGGCGCCUUAGCUGACCACACAUUCUUGUUCCUUGGUGCCGGAGAGGCUGGCACUGGUAUUGCAGAACUGAUAGCUCUUGAGAUUUCAAACAAGACAAAGGCCCCUGUUGAGGAGACUCGCAAAAAGAUCUGGCUUGUGGACUCAAAGGGAUUAAUUGUUAGUUCUCGAAAGGGUUCUCUUCAAUCCUUCAAGAAGCCUUGGGCCCAUGAACAUGAACCUGUUAACAGUCUCCUUGAUGCUGUCAAGGCCAUCAAGCCAACAGUGUUGAUUGGAACAUCCGGAGUUGGAAGAACAUUUACAAAAGAAGUAAUUGAGACCAUGGCUGCCAAUAACAAGAGACCUCUUAUAAUGGCGCUCUCCAACCCAACGUCACAAUCUGAAUGUACUGCUGAAGAGGCUUACAAGUGGAGUGAGGGUCGUGCAGUCUUUGCAAGUGGAAGCCCGUUUCCUGCUGUAGAAUAUAAUGGCAAACUCAACAUACCCGGCCAGGCUAACAACUGCUAUAUUUUCCCCGGAUUUGGCUUUGGUCUUGUCAUGUCUGGUACCAUCCGUGUACAUGAUGAUAUGCUUCUUGCAGCUUCGGAGGCUUUGGCUAAUCAAGUAACCGACGAACACUAUGCACAGGGGAUGAUCUAUCCUCCUUUCACAAACAUCAGAAAGAUCUCAGCUCAUAUAGCCGCUAGUGUUGCAGCUAAAGCAUAUGAACUUGGUGUUGCGACCCGUCUCCCUCGACCUGCGGAUUUGGUGAAGUAUGCUGAAAGCUGCAUGUACACUCCCAUCUACAGAAACUACCGGUGAAUUUGGAUAGUGAUGAUGAUGGGGUAAUGCUGAGUGAGAAAUUAGUGGCGAAUCUGUAAGUUUGUGGUUGUAAUUCUGAGUUUGUAUUUGGAGCUUAGUUGUUCUUCAUAGCUCCGUGGUUUUCAUCUUGUGCUCUUUACCUUGCCGUUUAGCUUUUCGUGAAUAACGUGCGGGCACAUGCGUUGCACCAAGUGUACUGCCAACUUAGAUCCCCGUGAGAAUUGUAUAACGAUGUACAACUUUGUACUAAAUUAUUAUUUAUAAUAAUAAUAAUGUUUUUUUUAAUAAUA